ACGGAAGUGAAGGACAAUAACAAAGCAGGGUCAGUUUUAAAAGCAGCAGUGGUGUGAAAGUGGAAUUUACUCAGGAUUAAAUCUAAACGUUAUGGUUAAUCUCGGACUGCGUAAAGUGGACGAUGCUGUGGUGGAGAAACACCCGGGUUUGGAACAGUAUGCUGCCUGCCAGUCCCGAGCAUUUAUGAAAGGAUCAGCGAGCUUCAUUGUUGGCACGGCAAGCCUUUUCUUAGCACAGCUUGCCAUCCAGAAAAAGUUGAAAUAUCCACUACAGUGGAACCUCCUGAUAUCUAUUGUGACUUCUUCAGUGUUGAGCUACUCAGUAACACGUCAUGAGACGAUGAAGUGCACAGAUUUGUGGCUUUUCCUAGAGUCAGGAGGACUGUCCGACUCUAGCCAACCUAAACAAGAAGCUCUUACUCCACCACCUAAAGUCACAAAAUAUGGAGAUACAAUGGAAUAAGUAGCAGUUACCAUUAUAGCAUUGCAUUUCAACUGAAUAUAUAUUUUGGAAAUUUGGGGGAAAUUUGUGAUUCAACUGUGUACAGGUUAUUAUUUUGCCUUUUAUGAUUAUUUGUGUUAAUAAAGGUUUAAUUAGA